ACCUAACGAAGACCCCCUAGAAGCAUACACCUCGCUUCUCCAAUGGAUGGCCCAACAAGACGGUCACCUUCACGAGAGCAUUCAAUUAGCCAGAGAUGACGCUCGAGGAGUCCACCUGCAAGUCCGAAAGGACUGGCAAGAUCGCAUCCCCAAGGAGACCCGCAUCAUCAAGACUCCUCUUUCAUCAACCAUGUCCUACUUCAACGCUAUUGACCACCGGCCCGCCGGAGAUGGUGAUGCGUCCACUUUCUCCGCACAUGGCGUGCAUUUUCCGCGGGAAUUCAUGGAUGCCGUUGGACCCGAGGAGGCAUCUGUGUUCUUUUUGAUGGGACAGUAUUUGCUGGGUGCGGAGGGGUAUUGGGCGCCGUAUAUUCGGACGCUGCCGCAGCCGGGUUCGUUGACGACGCUGUUGUACUAUGAGGAGGGUGAUCUGGAGUGGUUGGAUGGGACAAGUUUGUUGGGGGCCAGGCAGCAGAAGAUGAAGUUGUUCAAGGAUAAGUAUGAGCAUGGUGUGGAGGAGUUAUGGAAGGUGGGGUUUGAGGAUGUGGAGCGGUAUACAUGGGACCUGUAUCUUUGGGCCUCGACCAUCUUUGUCUCCCGUGCGUUCUCGUCCAAGGUGCUGUCGGAGGCAAUUCCCGAAGAGGUCCUGACCGAGGAAGUGUCGGUCCUUCUGCCCUUCAUUGAUAUUCUAAACCAUCGUCCUCUGGCCAAGGUCGAAUGGCGUGCUGGCGACAAUGAUGUUUUCUUUUUGACUCUGGAAGAUGUGGCUGCUGGUGAAGAGAUUGCAAAUAACUACGGACCACGGAACAAUGAGCAGUUGAUGGUGAACUACGGCUUCUGCUUGAGCAAUAACCUGUGCGACUAUCGCAUCGUCAGUCUACGAGCACCACCAGGGAGCCCGCUGUAUGAAGCCAAACUUGCGCAACGACAGAUGUAUCCGGAAGUGGCAAAGGAAACAGACGACCCAUACUACGUCUUCAACAUCUUCUACCCUCUGCUUGCCCCUGAUACGCCUAUGGAGCAUUCGAUCUUCUCACCUGCGCUUUUCAACGCCGUUUCCAUUCUGGCCGCAAACGACCGAGAACUCGAGUCGCUUGAGAUAUCUGAACAGGGCAUCCGGAUCCCUAAUCAAUAUGGAACCUCGCGCACGAUUCUCGCAGCAAUAAGCCAGAUCAUCAUCGAGUUGAUUACGCAUGUGGUCAAGUUAAAAGCUUCCGCAGGAGACUUGGAAGAACCGAAGAACAUCAAGCAAACUCACGGGAAAAUCUACCGUGAUAGCCAGAUCAUGAUCUCCGAGACUGCUUUGAUCAUCGCUGCAUGGACCCUUAACCGGGCGCAACAGCAUGGCUACACUGGAACCUGGGAACAGACCAAGAUUAUCCUCGUUGCCCACAUGGCCCGUGUGCCUGCGGGCAAAUUCUCCGAAGAAAUUGUGUCUCGCAUCCGUGUGAGAAUCCUGGAACGCCCGUCGAUUCUCACAGCCAACGGGGAGCUUUUUACCCUCAACGACUUGUACAACACCCUCCCAGACAAGAUGCGGCAACCGUGCACAUCCUCCCUUCAAACCAUCUUGACGACUACGGAACGGGCAAUUCCCAUGCUGAGGGGCAGCGGCGAGUCAUCUCCCUUCGUCUUCCCAAUUUUUGUCUGUUUUAUCACAGCGGUCUAUCGCGCGGCUCCCGACACAUCGGAACUCUCCCCGCGUCUGGCAAAAUGGGCCCGCUUCCUCCUCGAAAACUAUCCCCCGCCUCCUGAUGACGUCGCUUGGAUGCUCGAGGACGAAGACGAUGAACAAUUGGCCAGCUUGUUUGACGAAGAGGUGCUCGAGACAAUGAGGACUCGAAAUCAGGCAGUGUUCGACGAUUUGGCUGCGUUUACCGGAGAUUGGAAGGGCGAUAACUGGUGGCUUUCUCCCAAUUGGAUCCGAUGGGCGUGGAUGUUGGUCGAGCAGGAGUCCGUCCAAGCGCCCGAUGACCCAUUGCAGAUGUUGUCCGCGGGGGGCUCGGGACAAGUGAUGCUGUCGACAGUAUCGUAUCUUUACAUUCCGCAGGAUGAGUCUGGACAGUAGACACCAUAAUAUAACUGUUUAAAUAGGUGAUGAAUAGAAAUGCCAAAGAAUAAUCAAUGUUGUAUCGUCAAAUCACAGCCGUUGCGUUGUUCAUGCCAAUG